AUGGCACGCCUCAGUAUUCUCAAAGCACUUUCUUUCACAGCGCUAUAUAUUGGUGCUGCUGCGUUAGACCUCCGUCUUGGUCCCAACAUCAAUGAUGCCCGCCAUGAACCUCAGGGGCCUAUUACAACCGUCACCAUACCCUACCUUGGAGACCACACGACAUCGACCGUCAUCACCCACUGUGGCAUUACAACGGUUGUUGUUGAAACUCCAUUGAUAAGUUCAACUUGUAGCUCAACCACGUCCUCGACUACUACGUCCACCACUCAACACCCUACCUCAACUUCCACCAGCACGUCCAUCCAUACUACCACACAUGUCCCUACCACAACUUCGACAUCCACAAGCACCACAUCUAGCACCAGCACAACAGUCAUCCCGAUCCCAACACCUGGGGGUCCAUGCCCGUUGAUCAAGCCCGGCUGUGCAGCCGCCGGCCUCAACAUCGACUCCUACCCCAACCCCUUCACCGGUUACAGCCGGGAAGGCAGCCUCCCGUGGUCCUACUACAUCACGCAGCGACUGCGGCCACUCGCCUCCUCGCUCACCAACGUCGCCUUUUUCCCACAAGACACGGGCCCGCCCGCCCCGCUGCCCCGGGUGUUCCCGAGCCCCGCGUUCCCGCUCGCGUGGUACGCCGUCGGCUGGACCAAGCUGACCAACGGCGGCGUCCGUGUCGACGCCAACAACUUCACGCUCGUGUACGCGGGCUUCUACCGCGCGCCCGAGACGGGCCGGUACGCGCUGUGCUCGACGGCGGACAAUGAAAACGACGUCUUCUUCGGCCACGGCAACGCGUUUAGCUGCCUCGACGGCACGACAGACGCGCGUGCCCGGCCGCUCGUGGUGUCGACGGGCGGCAACUACAUCAACGGCCUCAAGUGCGCCGAGGUGGACUUGGUCCGCGGCGCGUGGUACCCGCUGCGCAGCGUCAUGGGCAACUGGCAGGGCCCGUCGGCGUUUAACCUGACCAUCAAGACGCCGAGUCAAACGUUUGAGCAGCGACGGAAUGACUUUUCGGGGCUGGCGUAUCCUCGCAGCUGCGGAUUGUUUCUGUAG